AUGGCGCCCAAAGUAUCACAACAGCGAUCUUCCCAAGGCGCGUCCCAGAACACCAAGUUGAAGAAUGCAUUCAAGAAGCUUUGCGGCAACAUAUCCAAAGAGAAGAAGGAAGGAGAUACCAUUAAAGCAGCAGCUUCAGUCUCCGAGCUGAACGAGGCACUGCGAAACUGCCGCAAGCAUGGCAUGAUUAUUGAUGCGUCGUGCAUCGACGGACUUGUUGAAGCACUAGAAGACGAUGAAGGUGAUGUGUGCAGCAGUAUAGAACCUCCUCUCUUCAAGGUCAUCGUACAGGCGGUGUUGCAAGCAAAUCAUUGCUUGGAAGGAGAACGCGUGAUUUAUCUACUUGCUUCUUCCCUACUUCGUGACACUGUUGAAGCAAAUGGCGAAGCUGCACAUGCGACAGUCUCUUCAAGAAAAGCUACAAUCGGCAAGGAUUGUUUGCUCCCAAUCCUCGAGUAUUUCCUCAAUAGAAAUAAACCUGCGGAAUUCCGACGAUGGGUGGGCAUAACCUGCGUUCAGUUAGUCCGAGACUGCGAAGACAAUGUGUACAAGCUCGAACUCAGCGGCGAAGACUUGAGACGCAGUAUCGGACAACUUAUCCUUGAAGAGCCUAACGAGAUUAUCAGACUCAUAUGUGCUGAGAUUAUCAAGACUCUCAGCAACGCAGGAAUUGAUCUACAAGCCUUGUGGCCCCACGGUACAAGAAAGUUGAUAUACGAACAAUUUCCCAUGCAGUCCCAAGGGAGCCAUGGUUGGGGAGCGCUUUUUCAGAAAUACAUUGAUUACUUGAUCGAUAAGAAAGAGGCCAACUUCGAAAGCAUUGGAAAUGUGAUUCCGAUAAGUAGCACAUCGCUCGACCCUCCCCAUGCAUUCGGCGUUCCACACCAGAAUAUGGUCGCAUUCUUGGACGACAUAAAGAUGUCAGUGAUAGCUCCUUUACUACCAAUCACCACUGGCCAGCUUCUUGACGUUCCGCUGGGACUUAUGAAACGAGUGGGCAUCAAUACCGACAACCCAUCUCAACGAGAAUAUGCAGACGUGAUCUUUGAGCUCGCUAGCUCUGACAAUAUGGCAUGUGGGCUAGAUGGAAAAUCUAUCGAGUUACAGAGAAUUAUAUGCAGUAUCAAACUCGAUCAGCUACAAGCUCUGGAGUCUGCGCUAGAAGACUGCUGCCCACACGUUAAGAUUUUCGAGUUCGACGACUCUCGGAACAUACAUCCGAUCAAGUCUGAAGCCAAUAUCACAGCUUCUCAGACUAGUCAGAGAAGUGGCAUUUCUGAGAUUAUCUCCGAGGUGCCAAAAAGUGCUCUUCAGGGUUUGGACGGCUCAGCUUCAGUCGAGCUAGAGCAAGAUCUAAAUGGUUCUAGUCAUGAUGUGGAGCGGACAACUCAUACGCCUGUCCAACGUGACGAUUUGAAUGGCGAGGCUGGUGAGGAUGAUUGCAGUCCAGUCCAUGAACAACCCACACAAAAGCAGACUCAACCACAUCGUGCCAAAAAGAAGGUUAAGCCUAAGGCCAAAGUACCGAUUGUACCUAGCAGCCGCCAAAACGAUGUCAAGACGGUGCCUCCCCAAUUGGCUAAGCCUGCGUCAGCCAUUGGAACAAAGGACAUGGGCAAACCUCAAGUCAAAAGCGGGAAGAGCUCUUCGCAACCGGCCAAUACACAAUCUCAAACCAAAGCCGUCGAUAAGCCGAGCGCAACUCCUGCAGGGAAUGUUGGGUCGCAAUCAACAAAAGUGUCAAAGCUUUCCACGGCACGAGCAGUGGCAAAAAGGGACACCGGCACCAAAGAUGUAAAGAGCUCCGCUCCUAGUAGUCUCCUGUCUAGUGCUCUGAAAGCAAAAGCUCAAGCUCGCAAUGAACCUACAGACUCAGACGAUAUUACCACUCCUGAGCCCAAUGAUGCGUCGACGCCGAAGAGUAUGCCUCCACCAGCGAAGCCGAGUAGCAAGAAUGUUCAGGCGGCAGCUGUGAAAGGAGCAGAUACAUCCCAAGCUCAAGCCAAGAAGAGAUUCAACCGCCACGGUGUGAAAUCCUUGACACCACAGCAGAGCAGAAGCAAUGACACAGUCUUUGAUGUGCCUGACGAUGAUGACGACGAAGAGGAAGAGUCUGGAGCCACUGCUAAGGCUAGUUCCAAGAAGAAGAGCACCAAAGGUAAACAGCCAUCGAAGAGUACGAAUACCGCAAACACCACGGCAAAGCUAGCUGGAAGCAAGACAAAGGCCAGUAGAAAGUCUGCUCCAGCUGCUACUCAACAACCAAAAGCAUCUACAAGACACAGUCAACGUGCUGCAGCAACAAAGUCGAAGAACAAUCUACGUGACUUGAGCGACGAAGAAGAUGUCGAGGAAAUCAAUCCAGACAAGAGCCCACAAGGUUCAUGUCAGAAGACUAAGAAGGCAGCCAUUGACAAGAUGCAAAAUUCCCAGGUUGUCCAAGGAGAUAUCAGAAAGGACGACGAGUCGAAGCCGAAGCCCUCAUCCGAGCCAGAAUUGAAUGAUAACGCCGAUGCUGGUAUCUCAGAAGCGGUGAAAGGCACAACUGGUCCGGUCGAUGACGACCUUAUGGGACUUGAAGAUCUCGAGCUUCGCGACUUGGAGGACCAGUCUUCAGUUGUGAGCCUUAACUUUGCCGAACCUACGCAUGUUAUGGAGGAUGACGACUUAUACAAUGCUACUCCUGAAAAGUCCCAGACCAAAGUCAACGAGGAGUCGAUCGCGCCUGUCAAAGCAAGUACGUCAGAGGUGGCAGCUGCUGUUCCUGACAAGCGAGCAACUAGAAAUUCCGGGAUCGAAAUGGCCUCAAAGCUCGACGAUCUCUUCGAAACUCUUGAUACUGGAGUCAACUCGACCAAUGACGCAACUGUCGACUUCUCAAUGAAAGUUCCAAUGAAGUUAAAUUCCUCUGCAGGGGACAAAAAAUUGACGCAGAAUAAAGGUCAGGUGUCAAAUACGCACCAGCUUCACUCUAUUGAAGCCGAGGAGCAGGCCAAUAGAAAGCUGGUCGUAGAAGAUGAAGAUCUCAGGCCGCCCUCCAUCAAUAUUCCCGAAUUGUCGUUCCCCACUGCUCAAAUGCGUCCACCAGUUGUCUCUCCGGCCAAAUCCAUUGAGCCGCGCAAGCCAGAGACACAAAAGGAGUUGCAAAAGGACAAACCCUUGGAUGAACAAAGUUUGGCGGAAGCAGUUACUGCACCCCUCGAUAGUUCUGGCAAUGCAACUACUAUGGAGGCAAAGAGCCCAAUCCAUAACGAGCAACGUCCAACCUCGCCAGUUCAAGCUUCGGACAAGGUCAAGCAGGGGAAUAAGAAGCGUAAGGCUAUGGCUGAAGAAGAGACUGAAUCAUCCAAGCGACGCAAGUCCACCAAUGACGAAGAAGCAAACAACAAGGACGAUCUUCAAGAUAUGGCCGCCCAAGGUCCGCAGACGACGAAGCAUCAGACCUUACAGAAGCCGAGCACAUCUGUAAACCAGUCUCCAUCUCCUGUUCGACGUAGUACUCGGUUUGAAAAGGCUAACGAUAAUGCUGAGACCUUAAAAGACACCGAAAAGGAAAAGCUCUUAGUAGAUGACAAGGCCCACCGAAAGUCUACCAUCAUCUCUUUCGGCACACAAGGACCGCGAAACCAGGGCCGUGUAAGUGCUCGCAAGACUGCCGUUGAAAAGCCUGCGAGGAAGAGCCAGCCAUCAGAGCCAACACCCCAGAAUUUCAGCACAGACUCUGGUCGGAAGAGAAAGCGAGAGCAGACAAACUUUGCCGACAAUGCAAGUCCUCCCUCAAAGCGUCAAGAAAGCAGUCCAUUGCAAUAUGUUGAUGACGAAGUUGGCGCAUUUGAGGAAGCUGAGGAACCGGAGCAGGUUGAGGAGGUGGAGGCAGUCGAGCCGGUAGAGGAAGUCCAGGAAGCUGAGGAAGUCGAACACAUCAUCAUCAAUAGUACCCCAGUCCCAACCCCGAAAGGCACCUCAAUGCCAAGUAGACCAAAACAUGCUUCAAGACCAAGCUCACAGGUCUCCCGAGUCGACGUCAAUGGUAGUCCAAUAGGCCCGGCGAAUUCUCAGGUCGAUUACAUGGGCAAGCUGGAGCAGAGACUUUCCCAAGACAAGACCGUUAACGAUGCGCCUGCUGAGAAGGAACAGAAUACUGCUGAAGAAAUUAUGGCAGCCCAAACUCGCCCUCGAUCUAUCUCACAGGUGUUCGGACCAAGAGUCACCUUGGGUUCGAGACUUAAGGCCCAGCCGUCAUCGCCUGAAGCAGUGACAACUCGUUACGUCGCACAUGAAAAGUCUGAUGAAGGCCAAUACACGGAUGUUGCCAGCAAAGAAGUUAUUGCCCAAGAGAAGAUCCUCCCAAAUCCCUUUGCUGACAAGAAGCGAAAAUCGAGCAACUUCACGGAACGUCUACUUGCCAGUGCUGUCAAGGAAAGCCGAAAGCCCAGCGCAGAGGUCAUCGAUAAUGUUCCUCGAAUGAUUCGUAACAUUGCUAAGAAGGAAAUUCAAUACGAGCUACCCAAGUUGCCCCGCGGCGAACCCAAGAGAGCUCAUUUCCAAGAAGACAUGAAUCAUCGUUCUGACCAGAGGAGUCGCCAAUCUGGUUUUGAUCCAGAACAAACUCUAGUCGAACCAAAGCAUCGCCAUGUCAACAAUUUGUCCGAGCCUGACGUGACGAAUGGUAGCUCUUACCAGUCCGAAACCAGCGACUCUUCCAGGGAGCCUCUGAGCGACAUACCAACACCUAAUACACAAUGGAACGUGGCUCUGAGACCUCACUACAGAUCCCUUGCCGAUGCAGUCCACAGAAUUGCUGAUGAAGUUAUCAUUCGCCUCAGUGAUGAGGAAGAUCGGAUGGAACUCAUGGUGGAGCAAUAUCGCCAAAAUGGCACCAAAAUCAUUGACAGCCUCACGAAUAAGCGUACUGGAGAGCAGACCACUAUCCUACAAGAUCUAGAGGCCAAGAAGCAGGAAAUGACAUCUGCCUACAAAGACGCAAAGGGUCUCCUUCGACAGACGACCGAUGAAAUCAAGGAAAACCAAGUCAAUCCCUUCGAGAAGGCCUGGCGUAAGCAGCAAGACGAAGUUCGAAAGUUGAUCUCUGAAGGUCGCAAGGCCACAGAAUAA